GCUCAGUGCGAGUCAGUCAAACAUUGGGUUAGAGCCGUAACGGAGCUAAACAUGAGUACCAGCCAAGGCCCUUUCCAGUUUUACUCUGGGUCCCUCAGGGGUAGUGCAGGGUGUGGUUUGGCCCAGCAAGGAACUUCUUACCGACCUCCAAGUGCAGACGGUGCCAGCGGCACACACACCUCUUUCUCCUCCACCAGACCCCUCAGUCUGGCUGCUGGAGGAGGGGCAUCCUGGGGAUGCUUCGGAGAGCACCACUGGGAAAGCAUCUUCCUGGGUGGGAAUGAGAAACAGACUAUGCAAAACCUGAAUGACCGUUUGGCUGCCUACCUGGACAAGGUCCGCUCCUUAGAAGCAGCCAAUGCUCAGCUCGAAAGCUGCAUCCUAGAGUGGCACAAGACAAAAUCCCAUGGAAAAAGGCAUGACUUCAACCAGUACGAGCAGAACGUCACUGACAUGCAAAGACAGAUUGAGGAUGGGAAGAUCACCAACGCCAGCAUCCUCCUGCAAAUCGACAACGCCAACAUGGCGUCCGAAGACUUCAGGCUCAAGUAUGAAGCGGAGAAGACUCGGAGGCAGGGAGUGCAGUGCGAUCUUGAGAACCUGCGUAAGGAGCUUGAUGGCUUGACCAUUAUUACAACAGAUCUGGAAAUGGAAAUUGAAGGCUUGAGAGAAGAACACAUCCUCAGGAGGAAAGACCAUGAGGAGGACAUGGAAGCAAACCGCUCAUCGCAGGACUUCAAAGUCAAUGUGAAAGUAAAUGCGCCUCCUCCUGAAGACCUCACCAAGAUACUAGCAGAAAUAAGAGAAGAUUAUGAAGCCAUAAUUGAAAAGAACCGCCAAAGCCUUGACAGUUGGUACAAAGAAUUGAGCACAGCUGUGUCCCUGGCAGCAGACCCCAAUCCAGAACAGGUUCAGAGCAGCGAGAAUGAGAUCAAGGAUCUCACACGGACUUUACAGUCCCUGGACAUCGAACUGCAGGCGCAGAUGAGUAAGAAACACAUGCUGGAAGACACCUUGGCUGACACCCGGAAUUACUAUGCUGUCGCACUUCAAAACAUGCAGCAGACCAUCUCCAAAUGUGAGGAAGAGCUAAGCCAGCUUCGCCAUGACAUCAGGCAGCAGCAUAACCAAUACAGGGUUCUUCUUGGGAUUAAAACACGCCUGGAGAAGGAAAUCUCCACUUACCGCCUGCUGCUGGAAGGCAAUGUGGACAGGAUAACAAGAACAUGUGAAUCAAAAGCUGAAGAAUAUGCUGAACUGACCAAUGGAAAGAUCAAAGCGAUUGUGCAUGACAGCAUGAAUGGGCAGCUGCUGUCCUCCACCACUGCGAUCCACCAGGAAGAGUGAAGGAAAUGUUCUGCUAGCUCCUACGUUCCCGGUGGGCUGCCGUGCUGCCUCUGCUGGCUGCUCUGCAACUGCCAGCUGUGUGCUGGUCCUCAGUGUGACGCUCCUACAGCGACCUGCAGCCUAACAUUGCAAAGUGCCACGCAGAGCUCGGCAGAGCUGGUGUUGUUAAAGAGCUUUUAGUCAUCAAAAUGCUGGAGCCAAACUAUUCAAUGAAGAUGACUGUCUGAGCUGGUAAUGUAUGUAUUAUGCACGCCUCACUGGGGCACCAAUCUCCAUCUGUGGUUCAUUUAGUGCUCUGCAAAUUAACUAUAAUUUAAAGUGAAUAAUCUCUGACUUCUUCUCCUCGUCUCAUGUCUCUUACCACAUACCUCACUGCUGCCAAUAAACUCUUUUCCUUUACUCGUA